ACGUCGCUUCCUUGCGCUGCUCAUUUGGGGACGCGCGUUAGGGUUUGAGUUAGGGUUCUUUCGACUCGUCUCUCCGUCUGCGGGCACAGCGCGCGUAAAUGGAGGAGAUCACGGACGGCGUUAACAAUCUCAGCGUCACCGCCGAUUCCUACAAGAAGAACCGCAUCCAGGUCUCAAACACCAAGAAGCCCCUCUUCUUCUACGUCAAUCUUGCCAAGAGGUACAUGCAGCAACACAAUGAGGUGGAGCUUUCAGCUCUUGGAAUGGCCAUUGCAACUGUAGUCACCAUUGCAGAGAUUCUCAAAAAUAAUGGUCUUGCUGUUGAGAAGAAGAUUAUGACAUCUACUGUUGAUGUGAAUGAUGAAUCAAGGGGGCGGCCGUUGCAGAAAGCAAAGAUUGAGAUAUUGCUGGGUAAAACUGAAAAGUUCGACGAGUUGAUGGCUGCAGCGGCAGAGAAAGAGGCAGGAGACGGUGAGGAGCAGAGCUGAAAGAAUGAAUACUUGCUCUAGUUUUUGGGUGGGCAGGAGAGUCUUGUUAGUUAUUAGCUGGACUGUUCCUAUGAAUUAAAGAGCACUAUUUGUUUUCCCCUUCAUUUUCUGAUUCUAGAUGUUGUAGAUGCCGUUGGAGUGAAAUUUGUUUGGAUGUCAUUUUAACCGUUCUUUAUCAGCCUUAUGGCAUCAUAGUGUUCAUUGUC